AUCGUUCUCGACGAGUGACCUGGGAGUAAAGUAAAAGUUUUUAAUCAAACUAACGGACUGUAAAUAACCGCAUCGAGCUUUAAAUUCGUCAACCGUUCAAUCCGAGCGCUCAGUCCAAAAAAAGUUAUCACAUUCAAACCAUCGUUAGAUAAUAAAAAUAAUUCUCGCUGUUAUUAUAGUCCUAGUCGCGAUAUGGUGGUCCCGGUUGAAAGAGUGUCUAUCCCGCGACAGGAUAGGAAGAAAUUCGUCGGAAAUAACUUAGUGUUGAACAUCGAAAGCAACGACAGCGCAUUGAUGCUUACCGGUAAUAAUUGCAAGGUAAAACUGGAAGAAAAUAGCGGUAGCAUCAAAGUUGUUGGCGAUCACUGCGAAUUAAUGGUUUUAAAAGGCAAAGGAAAUAUCAAGUAUAUCGGAAAUUAUGGUAAAAUUCGAUUAGGUCUUGGAAUGUCUUCUGAUGUCGUUCGGUACAUAGGAAAUGAUGGAUAUAUAUCCAAUGUAGCAAAUACUGAAGCUGACAGUGAUAGUGAUAAUGUUAAAAAUAAAGAAAAACAAUACAAACACUCUAAAAGUAAUAAUAAAACCAACGGUGAUACUGCUAGGAGUAAAAAAACUGAAACUAUUGACACAAAGAAAAAUAUAAGCAUAAGAAAUUCCAAUAUGAUUCAUGUGACGACCCCUUGUAUACCAGAAGACUUUGAAGUUGCUGAACCUCUACCAUCUCGAGACAGGUGUUCACAUUAUAGAUACCUUUUAAGAAAAAAAUAGAAUAAUGUUUAAUUAUUGACAUCUUUACGCUAAUUAUAGUAUUACCUAUUUCCUCUGAAAAAAGACUUCUUGCCAAAAUAAAACCAAAGAAUAUUAAUUUAUUUUAGCAAAUUUUUGUGUAUUUAAUGUGUAUUAUUAAAUUAUUAUUUUUAUUUAUUUGAAAUAUACAUUUUUUUUAUUUAUUUUUGCUUUAAUUAGGGACAAUAUAAGAACUAGAAGGUUUAUUAUAACAGGGGAAUAUUUUACAGACGAG